GUCUGAAUUUUGAUUUUGGGUUUUAAACAUAUGCAGAGGAUUGGCAAGAAGAAGAAGUUAAGAAGAAUGACUAACCAACAAAAUGUGGUGGUUCUUGAUGUGAAAUUGCAUGGUGUUAGGAAUGUGUUGCCUCCAUCAUCUCUGACAGUGACAAAGCCCUUUUCAGCACAAGACUUUAAGAUGCUAUUGAUGAAGAAGAGGUUUGAAACUGAGAAAGCAGGGGCUAAAAUCAAUGCCUGGGUGGAUUCUAUGAGAGCUUCUUCACCUACCCGAAUCAAGUCUACAGCUUCCUUACCUGAAAAUGAUGAGAAAACUUCCUGGAUUGUUCAUCAUCCUUCAGCUUUGAGCAUGUUUGAGCAAAUAGUGGCUGCUUCAAAUGGAAAACAGAUUGUGAUGUUUCUUGAUUACGAUGGCACGCUCUCUCCAAUCGUUGAAGACCCGGAUCAAGCUUUCAUGCCAAGAGAGAUGAGAGCAGCUCUUAGAGACGUUGCAAGAAAUUUUCCAACAGCGAUAGUGACCGGAAGGUGCAGAGACAAGGUUUACAACUUUGUAAAAUUGGCUGGACUUUAUUAUGCUGGUAGCCAUGGUAUGGACAUAAAGGGACCAUCUAAAAGUUGCAAAUACAAGAAAGGUAACCAGGGAGUUCUUUUCCAGCCUGCCAGUGAAUUCUUGCCCAUGAUUGAUGAGGUGUACCAAGCCCUGGUAGAGAAAACAAUUUCCAUUCCAGGAGCCAAGGUUGAAAAUAACAAGUUUUGUGUCUCCGUACACUUUCGCUGUGUGGAUGAAAAGAGUUGGGCUGCAUUAGCUGAGAAAGUUAGAUCAGUGCUCAACGAGUACCCUAAGCUUAAACUAACUCAAGGGAGGAAGGUAUUAGAGAUCCGUCCCACCAUCAAAUGGGACAAGGGAAGAGCCCUGGAAUUUUUGUUGGAGGCACUAGGAUAUGCCAAUUCAAAAGAUGUUUUACCAGUCUACAUUGGCGAUGAUCAAUCCGACGAAGAUGCAUUUAAGGUUUUACGUGAUAGAGGACAAGGGUUUGGGAUUCUUGUUUCCAAAGUACCGAAGGAAACAAAUGCUUCCUAUUCUCUACAAGAACCAUCUGAGGAAAGAUCACUAAUCUUAGCAUGCGUCAAGGAGUUUUUGCGUCGUUUGGUGGACUGGAAAAAAUUGUCACAACGAGCACCUGCACCAUAAUUUGCUAAAUGUGCUUAGACAUACAGAAAAUAUUUGAAUCCCACCCCUAAAAAUCUGAUUAA